UCCUCCCCCCUUUCCUCCUCCUCCUCCUCCCUCCCUCCCCGUGCACUCUCCAGCCCCUCUCUCUCUCUCUCGCUCGAUCCGCCGCUCACUUCUGUCUCAAUAUGUCUCAAGAUGGCGGCCAAUGUGGGAUCGAUGUUUCAAUAUUGGAAGCGCUUUUGCUUUACAGCAGCUGCAGCGAGAACUUGAUGCAACAGCAACAGUGUUGGCUAACCGACAAGAUGAAAGUGAACAAUCAAGAAAGAAACUUAUUGAACAAAGCCGUGAGUUCAAGAAAAACACUCCAGAAGACUUACGCAAACAGGUAGCUCCACUAUUGAAGAGUUUCCAGGGAGAGAUUGAUGCAUUAGGCAAAAGAAGCAAAGAAGCAGAAGCCGCGUUCCUAAAUGUCUACAAGAGAUUAAUUGAUGUUCCAGAUCCUGUUUCAGCUCUAGAUCUGGGGCAGCAGCUCCAGUUGAAAGUCCAGCGCAUGCACGAUAUUGAAACUGAGAACCAGAAACUUAGGGAAACCCUUGAGGAAUACAACAAAGAAUUUACGGAAGUGAAGAAUCAAGAGGUGACAAUAAAAGCACUUAAAGAGAAAAUUCGGGAAUAUGAGCAGACCCUGAAGAAUCAAGCCGAGAACAUUGCUCUUGAAAAAGAACAAAAGUUGCAAAAUGACUUUGCUGAGAAAGAAAGAAUGUUACAAGAGACGCAAAUGUCAACGGCCUCAAAGCUGGAGGAAACCGAACACAAACUUCAGACGUUACAAACAGCCUUGGAAAAAAAACAGACAGAAUUAUUUGACCUGAAGACAAAAUACGAUGAGGAAAUGACAGCAAAGUCAGAUGAAAUUGAGAUGAUCAUGACAGACCUUGAAAGAGCAAAUCAAAGGGCAGAGGUAGCUCAAAGAGAAGCAGAGUCCUUGAAGGAGCAACUCUCAUCUGCAAACAAAUCUCUCCAGCUGGCUAACCAGAUUCAGAAAGCACCGGAUGUGGAGCAGGCCAUUGAAGUGUUGACACGAUCCAGCCUGGAAGUAGAACUGGCCUCCAAAGAACGAGAAAUUGCUCAGCUGGUGGAAGAUGUUCAGAGACUCCAAGGCAACCUUACCAAACUUCGGGAAAAUUCCACCAGCCAGAUCUCCCAGCUCGAGCAGCAGCUGACUGCCAAGAACAGCACUCUCAAACAACUGGAAGAAAAGUUGAAGGUGCAAGCUGACUAUGAUGAGGUUAAGAAAGAAUUAAACAUCCUGAAGUCCAUGGAGUUUGCGCCAUCUGACGGCUCAAGCAUCCAGGAUGCUACAUCAAAACCACUGGAGGUCUUACUGCUGGAGAAAAACCGCCUGCUGCAGUCGGAAAAUGCCACGCUGCGGAUCACAAACAGUGACCUGAGUGGGUCAGCCAGGAGAAAAGGGAAAGACCAGCCUGAGAGUCAGCGUCCUGCAACCUUGCCGGCCUCCCCUCCUCCUCAGUUGCCCCGCAAUGCAGGGGAGCAGGCUUCCAAUACUAAUGGUACACACCAGUUCUCACCAACGGGUUUAAGUCAAGACUUUUUCAGCUCAUCCUUGGCAAGCUCCGGCUUACCCCUGGCUUCUACGGGAAAAUUUGCACUAAACUCUCUCCUCCAGCGCCAACUUAUGCAGUCCUUCUACACCAAGGCAAUGCAGGAAGCGGGAAGCACAAGCAUGAUUUUUUCAGUAGGUCCCUACAGCACAAACUCCAUAUCUUCCCAAAGCCCCUUGCAACAAAGCCCGGAUGUCAACGGCAUGGCCCCAUCACCCAACCAAUCAGAAAGCACCGGCAGCACCUCAGAAGGUGAGGAGAUAGACACAGCCGAAAUUGCACGUCAGGUCAAAGAGCAAUUGAUCAAGCACAAUAUCGGACAGCGGAUCUUUGGACACUACGUCUUGGGACUUUCUCAAGGAUCUGUGAGCGAGAUUCUGGCUCGACCUAAACCAUGGAACAAGCUGACCGUGAGAGGCAAGGAGCCAUUCAACAAAAUGAAGCAGUUCCUUUCGGAUGAGCAGAACAUCUUGGCUUUGCGCAGCAUCCAAGGCAGGCAGAGAGAGAAUCCAGGCCAGAACCUGAGCAGGCUAUUUCAGGAAGUACCGAAACGAAGAAAUGGGUCAGAAGGUAACAUUACCACAAGAAUCCGAGCUACAGAAGUUGGCUCUGAUGAAGCUAUCAAAUCCAUUCUGGAGCAAGCAAAAAGGGAACUGCAGGUACAGAAAACAGCUGAGCCGGCUCAGCCACCUUCCACGUCAACCAGCAGCAGUUCCGACGAUGCUAUUCGCUCCAUUUUGCAACAGGCUCGGCGAGAGAUGGAAGCCCAGCAGGCUGCCCUUGAACCUGCCUUAAAAGCCACCCCUCUGUCCCAAGCCGAAAUGUCCAUCUUGUCCUCAAAACUGAUCCCCACGCCUGCCGUUUCUUCGGUUUCUAGUUACUCCCCCCUGGCUCUGUCCUUGAAGAAGCACUCGUCCUCUGUGGAUUCCGCUGUGUCUUCCCUACAGACUGUCCCCGGUCUCAAGAAGGAAGCCCAAGAGGCCUCCCUUCUGGACCUCCACGGGAUGACUGACUCGGCACAAGGUGUACUGAGGCAUGUUAAAAAUGAACUGGGACGCAGUGGGGUAUGGAAGGACCAUUGGUGGAAUACUGUGCAACCUGACCGAAGGAACACAGCACCUCCGGAAGAGCCCAAAAUGGAGGAAAGCACCAGUGGGAAAGAGAAGGCCAGCAGCCAAUCUCGUUCAGACCGUAACCAGCAACUCCAAGGGCCCUCCUCCUCCUCGGAAUAUUGGAAAGAGUGGCCCAACGCAGAAUCUCCCUAUUCUCAGAGCUCUGAACUGAGUGUGACAGGGGCAAGUCGCAGUGAGACACCCCAAAACAGUCCCCUCCCUUCUUCCCCCAUUGUUUCUUUAUCGAAGCCAUCGAAGCCUUCCGUUCCUCCAUUGACCCCCGAGCAGUAUGAGAUUUACAUGUACCAAGAAGUGGAUACGAUAGAUCUAACCCGUCAGGUCAAAGAGAAGCUAGCAAAAAACGGGAUCUGCCAAAGGAUAUUUGGGGAAAAGGUGCUGGGUCUUUCCCAGGGCAGUGUCAGCGACAUGCUGUCUCGGCCAAAGCCAUGGAGCAAGUUGACACAGAAGGGGCGUGAGCCAUUCAUUCGUAUGCAGCUGUGGCUAAAUGGCGAACUCGGACAGGGAGUCCUGCCAUCUCAAGGGCAACCCCAAGGCCAAGUCCUUCACUCUGUGUCAUUACUGCAAGACUCUCUUCAGCAGGGAUGUGCAAGCUCAGAAAGCACCCCAAAGACCUCUGCCAGUUGCAGUCCUGCUCCGGACUCCCCAAUGAGUUCCAGCGACUCUGUGAAAAGCUUGACGGAACUGGUCCAGCAGCCCUGCCCGGCCAUUGAAACCAGUAAGGAAGGCAAGCUGCAGGAGUCGAGUGAGGCCUCAACUUCGGAUUCACACUGCACAACCCCAUUGCCUCUCUCCGGCCAUUCAUCCCUCAGCAUUCAGGAACUGGUCGCCAUGUCCCCGGAACUUGAUACCUAUGGCAUCACCAAGCGGGUUAAAGAGGUGCUCACGGACAACAACCUUGGUCAGCGUUUGUUUGGGGAAACGAUCCUGGGGCUGACCCAAGGCUCAGUCUCAGACCUACUUGCCCGCCCAAAGCCCUGGCACAAACUGAGCUUGAAGGGCCGGGAGCCAUUUGUGCGCAUGCAGCUGUGGCUCAAUGACCCAAACAAUGUAGAGAAGCUGAUGGACAUGAAGCGCAUGGAGAAGAAAGCAUACAUGAAACGGCGGCACAGCUCCGUCAGUGACAGCCAGCCUUCAGAAUCAUCCUCCACUGGAAUAGAUUACAGCCAGGGGGCCAGCCCACAACCGCAGCAUCAGCUCAAGAAGCCACGGGUUGUCUUGGCUCCGGAAGAGAAAGAAGCUCUGAAACGGGCCUAUCAGCAAAAGCCAUACCCAUCACCAAAAACUAUCGAGGAACUUGCCACACAGCUCAACUUGAAGACCAGCACCGUCAUUAAUUGGUUCCACAAUUAUAGGUCACGUAUUCGUCGGGAGCUGUUUAUUGAAGAAAUCCAAGCUGGGGGCCAGAGCCAGGCUGGGUCGAGUGACUCUCCUUCAGCUAGAAGCAACCGGGCAGUUCACAGCUCCGAAGGAGACAGUUGUGAUGGGGUGGACACGGAAGGCCCAUCGGAUACAAAACAAGGCAGCCUGGAAGCAGAUGAGUACAGCAAUGCAACCAUGAAGUCUCAGGGAGGGCGAGCAGCGUCAGCUUUCGAAGCAGGGGAAGAGGCACUGCGAGACGCCGGAUCUUCGGAGAAAACGGAGACAUUCCAGUUGGGAAUGGAGAGCUUGGAAGACACAGAUGACGAGGGAAGGCUCAAAGCACCGCAUCAGGGUUCUCCACUGAGCUCUCAACAUUCAGGAGAAACUCUGGAGGCCAGGCCCAACUGUGCUCCAGAAGAGGAUGCCUCUACCUCAGUCCUUGCAGGGCAGAGCUCCUGCAAGCCCAGGGGAGAAAGUGUGGAGAAAGUGCCCAUUGUGCCAAGUACCAGUUCCACGCUGGCCAUCACCAGCUCUCAGAAAUCCAACUCACUCAAGAGCCUGUUCAGCUUUUCUGAGGCAGCAUGCUCCAAGAACACACGGGACAACACUUUGAGGAAAAAGAAGGCAGCAAAUUUGAACAGUAUAAUCCACCGUUUGGAGAAGGCUGCGAGUCGAGAGGAGCCCGUUGAAUGGGAGUUUUGAGAUUAAGCUCACCCAGCUCCACAGAGCUGGGGAAGUUAAAACUUGGACCUCUGUCGGUUUCUAUUGUGUCCCGCACUUACCGCCCUGCAGGCCACGGGGCAAAAAAUGCCAUAGGCCAAGGUGCAUAUAGAGAACAAAAGGAGUGUUUUAAGCCCAGUUUUAUGUUUGUGUUUUCAAGGAAGAAAACUGAAACUUGUCCAGCUUUUUGUACCCUGAAGUGUUUCUAUUAAUUGCCCUAAAGUGAUUUCCACAGUUUCUGGGGAAGAAAAAAAAACUCAUACAGCUUUUGCCUUCUGCCCUCCUCUUUGGUGUGGGCUUUAAAACAAAAAUAUAUAUACAAACAAGAAAAAAAAAUUAAACCCACAUAUUUAAAAGGGGGGCUUUUUAUCAGCCAUCUAAUGGCUAAACAGAGCGAUAAUAAUACACUAUUAUCUUCUUUAACCAGGAAAACAAAAAGAUGGGAGGGGAGAUUUUUUGAGAUUAAAAAAAAAAAGUUGUUUUGUAGCUCUUCAGUUGCCACUAAGAGAUUGCACAGUCAACCUGACUCUAAACACACUAGUUUGAAUUCCUAAAUAUUUUCAAGAAAGAGUAUUGUUUGAAACUUGGGGUUUAAAAAAAAAAACGCAUUUACUCCAUGUAUUUUUUAAACAGACAAAAAAAAAGACACAUCAGGAAAACAUCUUAAUUUGUGGUAGCUGACUUCAGUGUUUUUCUUGUAAAGUGGAAUAGAAAAUUGACUUGUAGUGCACAUUGUUUCAUAGCUUUAACUGAUUCUAGUCUCUUUGUUGGCUGGAAUUUGUUUAAUACACUCCAUUUUAGGCCAAAUCAGGACAGGAAAAAAAAGAAGAAGAAAAAUUCUGAAAUCUAGGUAUUUUAUAAUCUGCUUUUUAACCUCUAACCACAAAGCACGCGGAUCAGACCUCAUUCUGGGAGGUGUGGGAGACAGCUUGGAAGAGGGAUGUACUUGAUCGGUUCAGAUUAAAUUGCAUUAUGCCAGCCUUGCCAACACGUCCAUAUAAGUUACUAGUCCUCAACACCACCUGAUUGCACAUGCCGCAUUAAUCAUUAACCCAUGUGACCUGUAAGGAAAAAACACACACCAGCUUUUUGAAAGAAAAAAAAUAAAUUACAUGGACACCUGGAAACACUCCUUAACACACGCCAAGCAAUUAGGCGGGUGGCAUAAUGGUUAUAUGCUACACAAAAUACAGUGUGUGGCUUUGGUGUUUUUUUUUUUUUACGGAGAACGGUUGGUUGGCAAGAAAGAUGAACCUGGCAUCAGUUUCAAAAAGAGUGUGGUGGUACAAUGAGAAGCCUUACCCAACAAGAUGAGUUUCCAUCAUUCAUAGCUGGCAAUAGUUUGUAGGACAAUUUUACUGGGGCCCAUUAUUUUAGUACAAUCUGGGGCUUAGCAAUCAGCCAUUGUACUAUUCUGGUCUCACCUACUCCAGAAAAUAAGGGCAACGUUUUCAGCCUCUUUGGAGUAUGAUUAAGCACCCGUAAAUGAUUACCCAUGGCAUAUACUGGUUACCAAAAGGGAGUGGGGCCAAGAAGAAGAGUACAUAACCCUCGAUUAUCACAGCCUCAAACCGCAGAAUGGCUAACCAAAGCACACGACAGGAACUGUUCUCCUCUCCCAAAAUAAUUCAGCUCUUCCUGUUAUUUUAUGACAGCCGCAGGGCCGAUCAAAGUACAGAAUCGAUUUUCCAAAUUGUCUCUAGCUCCUCCUGUUGUCUAUGUGUAUAUGCGUGAGCAUAGAAGUGUAUGGAGAAAUGAGUGCGCGUAUGUGUGUGUGCAUGUGUGCAAUUUUAUACGUUGGUAUUUUCUUACGUACUUGUGCACGCUUAGAGUGCAUUACUGCCACCUUUUUUCAAUAAGCUGUUUUAUCAGUUAUGGCUUCUACAGAUUCGCUGGUUUAGAUUCCUUUAUUGCCAUAUCUUUAAAACUAACAAUAGAUGAUUUUGGUGUGUAUGUAUGGGUAUGUGUGUGUGUGUGUGCGUGUAUGUAUAUAUAUAUAUAUGUAUAUAUAUACACACACACAUACACAUACACACACAUACAUGGAUAUAAUUAUUAUUAUUUUUUUGGCUUAUUUAUAGGUGCUGUAUUUUAUUAUCUGAUUACUAGGAAAGGACGAAAGGGGCAAAUAUUCUUUAGAGGGAUAGACUGCCGGCAGUAUUGGGUUUAAUUUACAAGAUGUAGUUGUCAAACUGUAUAUUAUUGACAGAUUUUUUUUUUUUUUGGAGGGCCGUAUUGUGUAUCAUGGAAAACUGCUUAGGUCAACAUCUUUUGAUGACACUUUAAUGGUGCAUUCAUGACUUAUGUUCUAAUUAAUAUUUACUUUAUGAUAUUGUGGGAGGGGAGGGGGAAGAAACAUUCUGACUUUAAAAGAUAUAUUCCCAAUAUUACACCUCAAUGUAGUUGUAUUAAUUGGUCACUAAGUCUGUUUUGGGGAGGGGACAGUACUGUAAAAUGUGAAAUCACCUUCCCUGUGUACUCUUUUUCUUUAUUUAAAAAAAAAAACAGAAAUUAGGUUUUUAUCAUGUCUUCAAUAUGCAACAGCAGCACUUAAUUCAAGUCUUCACAAAAUUAAGAGUUCAGUAGCUUUAACAACAGCAACAACAACAAAAAUGCCUUUUCAUGGUCCAGAACAAAAGCUCUAGGAGGCUGGAAGGCAGGUUUGCUUUUCCCACUUUUUUUAUAUUCAUUUUAUAGUUUCUUGGCUGUUUGGGGGAUAUGAAAUGUUAUCUUUAAGAUGCACAAAGAGCAUUCUGACUUGAAGGUGCAAAUCUGCACAUAUACAGUAUAAGCAAAAUUAGGGACAGAUUCUGGCUUGAGAAUCAAUAAUGGGACAGCCACACUUUCCCUUUAGAACAGCUUUCCCAGAGCUUGGCAACUUGAAAGUAUGUGGACUUCAGCUCCCAGAAUUCUCCAUUCAGCAUAUUGUCUGGGGAAUUAUGGGAGUUGAAGUCUACACAUCUGCAAGUGGCCAAGCUUGAGAAACACUGUUUUAGAGCUCCUUGAGAUCUUAAGGCCUGCUGCUGAGGGCAUUUCUUUUUGGCUUGGGCAGGAUUUUUCUAGAAAAUUGACUUUACAAUGCUUCUGAGAGCUGCCACCCAUGGACAGUUACAGUAUGUGACAUGGCUUCAAACGAAAGGCCUGCCUUCCACAUACAAUCCCCACUUCCUUUGCAAAACCAGAAGCAGCUCUUCAUUCUCCGACCAGAUUUAAAAAACACUUGCGUUGCUUCACUUCCAUUAGGUUUUAGCUUCCCAGCAAGCACAGGAUUUGUUUUUAGCCUUCCAGUGUCUGCAUGUUUCUUUAGGCAACGGAGCAAUAUCCCAGUUCUGGUUUAUUUCUCUUCUUCUUAAAUAUUUCCCAAUGUGUUCAGUUCAGUUAGCCAUUGAAGUUAAGACCUCCCUUGUCCCUCAGUUUCAUUCUAUCAACAUCCUGGGUGCCUCUUCUCCAUAACGCAUGGAGAGAUAUCACUAAUGUGACACAGGGCAGCCCAGCACUUGGGGUUCUGCCAUUUGCCCUAAUAAGCAAUAUUUAAGUGCCUUGGGAAAAAAUAAUAUUCUCCUGUCUUUCAUGUGCUUUCCCAUCCGGAUAUACUUGGAUUUUAGCAAAGAAAUUUACAAAUUCGGAUUGACCCCCCUCUUUUCAAGUUGGGUAGUGCUUCCUGCCAAAGCAACGUGGUAUUGAUUCAUUCUUCCCCAAGGGGAAAGCCUGCUGAAGAACUUGUGGCUUAUUGCAACCAAUAAUGGUCGCAGAGUUUAAGCCAGCUAGAUCGAACGAAAGGUGAUACUGCUCUGCCCAUAGCUGCACAUUCAAUUUAGGAAGUUUGGGGAGAUUUAAUUAAUUUGGCACUUUAAUCAUAUUUGGGCUCUCUUGAUCAUUUCUGCUUGAAAAGAGAGGUUGUAAUUGAGGGAACCUGGGUGGCCAACAUUUCUCAAAAAUCCAUAUAUAAUAAUCAAGGAUGCCAUUAGUUAACCUGGUGGUGGUAUUCCUGGUUUGACUACCAUCUUGGCCUAGCAUAGUAGAACACUACUUCCUUUGGGUAGAUUUAGCUCUAUUGGAGAUUUCUGCCAUACUGAGUUAAUGACCAGUUUUGGUAGCUUGCCUGAUGCUGUGUUUUCUGACUGAGGUUCAGGAGAUUUUGGAGGAGGGUGCCGUUUGAGAGAGUUUCCUUUGUGUCUCUCUGAAAAGAUUUAGCUUCUGAUCCUGAUGUUCUUCAGCUAUUGAUUGGCAGUGACUGUGAGUUGUAGUCCCAAUACUUCUUGAAGGUUGGAUGGCGGGAGGCUAUUUGAUGCCUCGCACAAGAGAACUAUAAUUAAGAAGGAAGCAACAUUCUGUAAAUGUAUAUUUUCUGACUCUGUCCCUUAAAUUGUAGAAGUACAUCACCUAGUUAAAAUUAUUGACUGAAGAUUUACUCUACUUGAAGCAAUCACCCAGACCCUUCUCAAUCUUCUCUUGUUAGCUAUUGAGGAAGGAUUUGUGCUUAGGUGCCUGCCCUGUUGCCCACUGUAGUCUCACUGCCCAUUUGGUCCACUGUCCACUGGUGAAGAUUGACACUUUAGUCCGGUGGCAACUUAAAUCACUCCUCCCUUCCCCAUAUAUACAACCCUUUUCAAACUAGUGGAUAGGGUUGACUGCAUUUCUAACUAGACUUUCUCUGCCCCCUGGUUCACGAGUUAAGUUAUGAUGUUAAUUGGUUAGUUGGGACAGUAUUGUUGUUUUUCCCGCCUUAUUUUGUGCAGACCCAGCCAGUGGUGGUUGAUUAAGUAAACCAUUUUGAAACAACCCAGGGCGUGGCAUAAUGUGCAAUCUUUUUCUGUAUUUUUGAAGACUCUUGCUGUGUAUCCAUCUAUCUUCCAGACACUCAAGAAAUAGGGUUUUUUUUAUAGAUUCGUCCAGAAAACGUUUCUUUUACCAAGGACUCUUGAUGAGAAUAUCUGGAACUCUAGUCAUUUUUCCUUGAAAAAGCAGCCAUGCCUUCUACCUAUCCUGCAGUGCGUAUACACUCCAUUCAGGGAAAGCUGUAACCCUGCCUAGCACCCCAGCUGAAACCAAUCCUCUGUCCCAGAAAAUACCCAGAAUCCUCAGCAGCAUGCUGUCUGCCAUUCCAUGGCUGACAUGCAGUUGUAUAGAUAAUGUGGAAACUGCAGCUCAUGAGCUUUGCUCAUCUGGUUCCCACUAGAGAUUUCUAUUAAUUUCACAGCCCUCUUUUGAAGCCCAGUUUAGCCACAGGAUUUCAGUCAGUUGUGAAUAGAUGGUUCACCUUUCACUUGGCCUACAAGGGGCAGAGCAGAGACCAGUUGGAGUAGCCAGGGAGUAGCCCCAGCUUUCCUGUUCCAAAGAGACUUUUUGUCAGCUAAUUUCAGUCUUCAAGCAACAAGGGGAAUGACUGAGCAACCUUCCUCUCAACACUGUCACCAAGAUAGGUACUUUAUUCCCAUAUUGCUCUGUUUCCCUCUGAGGUGGGAUUAUUGUAAUGCAGCAUUCAGCCAACCUUGAGUAGAGGCAAUAACAGGAGCUUCGGAUUUCUUAAGAGUUUAUUUGAAAUAGGAAAAUUACAAGCUGCUUUGAAUUGAACUUACAAUUAAAUUGUCACAGGAGCAUCAGCGCCCCUUUGGGGAUAAUUUGAGUUCUUCCUAUACUCUCUGGUGCCAGAAAGUAGUUGACAUAAAUGCAUUUAUCUGAAGAGGGAAGGAAAUUAGCUGGCAGUCUUGAGAGGCCAAACUGACUUACUGACUCAUAAGGAGACACUUCAGCUUGUUCUUUCAAUCAUUAAGCUCAGCAGAGGAGAACAAUUAUGUACAAUGACUUUGCUUUCAUGAUACUUGCCAACCACAUUUUGCUCUAGCAUAUUGUAUGAAAACACUCCAUGGAUUUUAUUUAUAGUUCUGUGUGUUAUGCAACCCUCCAAAGUGGAGUUAAUUCUGUAAAACACACUUUAUGGCAAAUGUUGGGCAGGUAUAGGCUUAUAUUUUGAUUAUGGAGAACUAGAAGGAUAGUGUUAGAAAGCUGGAGUCAUAGUUGUACAGAAUUAUCCAAAUCAGUUGAAUUGUUGGGAAUUCUCACUUACAAGCUAUGAUUAUUAGACCUGGCUGCAAAAUCUCCAGACAACCAACAAAAGCAGUUCAAAAUCACUUGGUUGAGUUGGGUGGCUACAGAAAAUAAGUAAGAACUUGUGUAUCUCUGCUGCCAUCUAGAAAUCAUCUGGAUUUUUGUAGUCCGUGUAUGGGAGCCUUAGUACCAAAUGUUCAAUUAACUGUGCUUUUCUAGUCUGUGACUGAAAAGCCAGUGGUGCCAUUGUAUUCCAAGCUAAACCUUUACAAAAGAAACUGCGGAUAUUACAUUUCAGUUUGCUAUUUCAGUAUGUAGAAAUGCUGCCAAUUAAAAUAAAGCAAUAAUUUGUGGUUUUGACAGGUAGCAGAGCACUGUUAUUUUAAGCAUUGUGAUGUGUUUGGAUGUAAGAGUAGUUUAAAAUAAAUCCUUAAAUAUGCAGCUCCAAAUAAGAACUGAGAAAGCCACAUUUAAAAACAGUUCUAGGACAUUGGUAGAACAGAAAUUCAGAUACCAUAGUUGAAGUGCCUCGGCGACUCAAGAUCAGCAUUUUCCCAAACUUGGCGUCUUCCAGAUGUAGGGAGGACUGAUAACUGCAAUUCCAACAUAUUUAGAAGAUGCCCUUUUGGAGAAGGCUGUUUAAAAUGAGUUUUUUUGCUUUCCUUAUGUACCAGUCAUUUCCAAAAGAAGAGAGAUGAGUCUUAAAGAUCUAGUGAAGCCUUCAUGUACAACCUUUUGGUGAAAGUCAGCAUGCCUUAGAAAACUGUAGUUGGCUACUGCUGUGUUUUCAAGGGGAUUCCCAAGUUCCAUUUCCCGAUACUUUUUGUACAGGCUUUUAAAAGUAACCAAGUGAACCAAUCAAUCCUACUUUUGUGAAAGCACAUUUGAAGGCAAAUGUUUAGUGUUAAUUCAGCUUAGGUGAAGAGACCACCACCAAAAAGUUAGCAAAAUUAUACAGACAUUCUGUUUGGUUCCCAGAUGGCUAAUUCCACUGAAAACAGAGAUUUUGAUCAGUUAAUUUGCUGAGAUCCUUGCAGAAAUUCUUGAAGUUGUUUUUUUUU